CGUCCGCCCGCGGAGCUGCGCGGCUCCCGCCCGCCCGGCGGGGCUUCCUCGGGCCGCUCUGGCCGGGAGUCCCCGGCUCUCUGUGGUCCAGCCCGGCGGGCUCGGGAGGGAGGCGCGGGCGGCCCAGCGUCGGCGGCCCGAGGGCGGUAGCUGGGCGCCGGCUGUGCGGUCGCCUCUCCCCCUAUGGGGGCUCGCGUCCAUCAGGGACCCCUCCGGUCCCUAGCGGGCGGCCCUAUCCGCCACGACCCGGUCCCCAGGGCCGGCCCCGGGUCCGCAGGGCCCGCCCACCGCGGCCCGUUCCCUGGCCGGGACUGCAGGGCCGCGCCGCGCCCGUGAAGGUUGCGUCUGCGGGGCCUCGCUGCCAUCCAGGGCCCCCUCCGGGUCUCCACGGCCCCCCGGCCUCUGAGGCUCGGCGCCGGCGGCGGGGAUGGCCUUGGGCGGAGCUCUGGCCGCGGCCCUGGCGCUGGCCUUGGCAGUGCUGGGGCCCUGGUCGCUCGGGGUCCUGGCGGGUGACUGCAAGGGGCAGCGGCAGGUGCUUCGGGAGGCGCCGGGCUUCGUGACGGACGGUGCGGGCAACUACAGCGUCAAUGGCAACUGCGAGUGGCUUAUCGAGGCCCCGAGCCCUCAGCACCGAAUCCUGCUGGACUUCCUUUUCCUGGACACCGAGUGCACCUACGACUACCUGUUUGUGUAUGACGGUGACUCGUCCCAGGGCCCCCUGCUCGCCAGUCUGAGCGGGAGCACCCGGCCCCCGCCCAUCGAGGCUUCCUCAGGCAAGAUGCUGCUCCACCUCUUCAGCGAUGCCAACUACAACCUGCUGGGCUUUAACGCGUCCUUCCGCUUCUCCCUGUGUCCGGGAGGCUGCCGGAACCACGGGCAGUGCAAGUCACCGGGCGUGUGUGUCUGCGAGCCGGGCUGGGGAGGGCCAGACUGCGGCCUGCAGGAGUGCUCGGCCUACUGCGGCAGCCACGGCACCUGCACCUCGACUCUGGGACCGUGCCGCUGCGAGCCUGGCUUCCUGGGCCGAGCCUGUGACCUGCACCUGUGGGAGAACCAGGGGGCCGGCUGGUGGCAUGCCGUGAGUGCCGGGGACCCCGCCUUUUCUGCCCGCAUCGGGGCCGCCGGCGCCUUCCUGGCCCCGCCAGGGCUGCUGGCUGUCUUUGGAGGCCAGGACCUCAACAAGGCCCUUGGUGACCUUGUCCUGUACAACUUCUCCACCAACACCUGGGAGUCCUGGGACCUGAGUCCUGCUCCGGCUGCCCGUCACUCCCACGUGGCCGUGGCCUGGGCUGGCUCCCUGGUGCUGAUGGGUGGGGAGCUGGCCAACGGCUCGCUCACCAACGAUGUGUGGGCCUUCAGCCCCCUGGGCGGAGGCCACUGGGAGCUCCUGGCACCGCCUGCCCCCAGUUCCUCCGGGCCGCCGGGCCUGGCAGGCCACGCCGCUGCUCUAGUGGACGACACCUGGCUGUACGUGUCCGGCGGCCGCACACAGCGUGACCUUUUUUCCUCCGGCCUUUUCCGCUUCCGCCUGGACCGCAGCAGCAGGGGCUACUGGGAGCAGGUGACCCCGGCGGGUGGACGGCCCCCCGCUGCCACUGGCCACUCCAUGGUGUUCCACGCUCCCUCCCGCACCCUGCUGGUCCACGGCGGGCACCGGCCUUCCACUGCGCGGUUUUCCGUGCGGGUGAACUCCACCGAGCUCUUCCAUGUGGAUCGGCGCGUGUGGACCACGCUAAAGGGCCGGGAUGGACUCCAGGGUCCCCGGGAGCGAGCCUUCCACACAGCCAGUGUUCUGGGAAACUACAUGGUGGUCUAUGGGGGCAAUGUGCAUACCCAUUACCAGGAGGAAAAGUGCUAUGAAGAUGGCAUCUUCUUCUACCACCUUGGGUGCCACCAGUGGGUGUCAGGGGCAGAGCUUGCCCCACCAGGAACCCCUGAGGGCCGGGCAGCGCCUCCACGAGGUCGCUACUCCCACGUGGCGGCUGUUCUUGGCGGCAGUGUCCUGCUGGUGGCCGGGGGAUAUAGCGGCCGGCCUCGCGGGGACCUCAUGGCCUACAAGGUGCCACCCUUCGUGUUUCAGGCACCGGCCUUGGAUUACCACCUGGACUAUUGCUCCAUGUACACAGACCACAGUGUCUGCUCCCGAGACCCGGAAUGUAGCUGGUGUCAGGGGGCCUGCCAAGCUGCACCCCCUCCCGGGACCCCCUCAGGAGCUUGUCCAGCGGCCAGCUGCCUGGGCCUCGGCCGCCUGCUGAGCGACUGCCAGGCGUGCCUGGCCUUCAGUAGCCCUGCAGCCCCGCCCCGGGGACCCGGCGCCCUGGGGUGGUGUGUGCACAACGAGAGCUGCCUUCCUCGGCCUGAGCAGGCCCGCUGCCGAGGGGAGCAGAUCUCCGGCACCGUGGGCUGGUGGGGGCCGGCGCCUGUCUUCGUCACCUCCCUGGAGGCCUGCGUCACCCAGAGCUUCCUGCCCGGCCUGCACCUGCUGACCUUCCAGCAGCCACCCAACGCCUCUCAGCCUGACAAGGUGUCCAUUGUCCGGAGUACCACGAUCACCUUGACACCCAGCCCGGAGACAGACGUGUCCCUGGUGUACCGAGGGUUCAUCCACCCGCUGCUGCCUGGAGGGCCAGGCGGCCCCGGCGCUGACGAUGUGGCCGUGUGGGCUCGGGCCCAACGCCUUCACGUCUUGGCCCGGAUGGCCAGAGGCCCUGACACUGAGAACAUGGAGGAGGUGGGGCGCUGGGUGGCCCAGCAGGAGAAGGAGACGCGGCGCCUGCAGCGCCCUGGCUCUGAACGCCUCUUCCCAGUGCCCGGGAGAGGCCACAAGUAUGCCGUGGAGAUCUGCGGCCAGCUCAACGGCUCUGCAGGCCCCGGGCACAGCGAGCUCACGCUCCUGUGGGAUCGCACUGGAGUGCCGGGUGGCAGUGAAAUCUCCUUCUUCUUCCUGGAGCCCUACCGGUCUUCGGCCUGUGCCUCCUACUCCUCCUGUCUGGGCUGCCUGGCUGAUCAGGGCUGUGGCUGGUGCCUGAGCAGUGCCACCUGCCACCUUCGUCAGGGCCGCACGCACUGUGAGGAUGAUGGGGCCGGAGGGUCCCUGCUGGUGCUGGUGCCUGCCCUCUGUCCACUCUGUGAGGAGCACCGCGACUGCCACGCCUGCACCCAGGACCCCUUUUGUGAGUGGCAUCAGAGCACCAACCGCAAAGGGGACGCCGCGUGCAGCCGGCGAGGCCGGGGUCGAGGCGCUCUGAAGAGCCCGGACGAAUGCCCUUCGCUCUGCAGCCAACGCCUGACCUGUGAGGAUUGCCUGGCCAACUCCAGCCAGUGUGCCUGGUGCCAGUCCACGCACACCUGCUUCCUGUUCGCUGCCUACCUGGCCCGGUACCCGCACGGGGGCUGCCGGGGCUGGGACGACAGUGUGCAUUCGGAGCCACGGUGCAGGAGCUGCGCCGGCUUCCUCACGUGCCACGAGUGUCUGCAGAGCCACGAGUGUGGCUGGUGUGGCAACGAGGACAACCCCACUCUGGGACGAUGCCUACAAGGAGACUUCUCUGGACCCCUGGGCGGGGGGAACUGCUCCCUGUGGGUGGGAGAGGGCCUGGGGCUGCCUGGGGCUCUCCCUGCCCGCUGGGCAUAUGCCCGCUGUCCAGACGUGGACGAAUGUCGCCUUGGCCUGGCGAGGUGUCACCCACGUGCAACCUGCCUGAACACGCCUCUCAGCUACGAAUGUCGCUGCCAGCGUGGCUACCAGGGCGACGGCGUCACACACUGUAACCGCACGUGCCUGGAAGACUGUGGCCAUGGCGUGUGCAGCGGUCCACCGGACUUCACCUGUGUGUGCGACCUGGGCUGGACCUCAGACCUGCCCCUGCCCACCCCUGCCCCGGGACCCCCCGCCCCCCGCUGCUCUCGAGACUGCGGCUGCAACUUCCACAGCCACUGCCACAGGCGGGGGCCUGGCUUCUGUGACGAGUGUCAGGACUGGACGUGGGGGGAGCACUGUGAACGGUGUCGGCCUGGCAGCUUUGGCAACGCGACAGGCUCUGGUGGCUGCCGGCCCUGCCAGUGCAACGGGCAUGGAGACCCUCGCCGUGGCCACUGUGACAACCUCAGUGGGCUCUGCUUCUGCCAGGACCAUACUGAGGGUGCCCACUGUCAGAUUUGCUCACCAGGAUACUACGGGGACCCGCGAGCUGGCGGCUCCUGCUUCCGGGAGUGUGGGGGCCGCGCCCUCCUCACCAACGUGUCCUCGGUGGCGCUGGGCUCCCGCCGCUUUGGGGGACUUUCGCCUCCAGGUGGCGGGGCGGCAAGAGCAGGGCCUGGCCUGUCCUACUGCGUGUGGGUUGUCUCAGCCACGGAAGAGCUGCAGCCCUGUGCUCCGGGGACCCUCUGUCCCCCGCUCACCCUCACCUUCUCUCCUGACAGCAGCACCCCCUGCACACUGAGCUACGUCCUGGCCUUCGAUGGAUUCCCGCGCUUCCUGGACACUGGUGUGGUCCAGUCAGAUCGGAGCCUCAUCGCUGCCUUCUGUGGCCAGCGGCGGGACAGACCCCUCACCGUGCAGGCUUUAUCUGGGUUACUUGUGUUGCAUUGGGAGGCCAACGGCUCCUCGUCCUGGGGCUUCAAUGCCUCCGUGGGCUCCGCCCGAUGUGGAUCAGGGGGUCCUGGCAGCUGCCCUGUCCCCCAGGAGUGUGUGCCCCAGGAUGGGGCGGCAGGUGCUGGCCUCUGCCAAUGUCCUCAGGGCUGGGCUGGCCCUCACUGCCGCAUGGCUCUGUGUCCUGAGAACUGCAAUGCCCACAGUGGGGCAGGGAUCUGUAACCAGAGCCUCGGUGUAUGCAUCUGUGCUGAGGGCUUCGGUGGCCCAGACUGUGCCACAAGGCUGGAUGGUGGACAGCUGGUGUGGGAGACGCUCAUGGACAGCCGCCUCUCAGCUGACACUGCUAGUCGCUUCCUGCACCGCCUGGGACACACCAUGGUAGAGGGACCUGAUGCCACCUUGUGGAUGUUUGGGGGCCUAGGCCUGCCCCAGGGCCUGCUGGGAAACCUGUACAGGUAUUCAGUCAGUGAGCGCAGGUGGACACAGAUGCUGGCAGGAGCUGAGGAUGGGGGCCCGGGCCCGUCACCCCGCUCCUUCCACGCAGCUGCCUACGUGCCUGCUGGCCGGGGAGCCAUGUACCUGCUGGGGGGCCUCACAGCUGGAGGGGUCACCCGGGACUUCUGGGUGCUCAACCUCACUACUCUGCAGUGGCGACAGGAGAAGGCUCCUCAGAACAUGGAGUUGCCAGCCGUUGCUGGCCACACCCUAACUGCCCGGCGAGGCCUAUCUCUGCUCCUGGUGGGGGGCUACUCCCCAGAAAAUGGCUUCAACCAGCAGUUGUUGGAGUACCAGCUGGCGACUGGCACCUGGGUGUCUGGAGCCCAGAGUGGGACACCCCCAACAGGUCUCUAUGGUCAUUCUGCCGUCUACCAUGAGGCCACCGACUCCCUCUACGUGUUUGGCGGUUUCCGCUUCCAUGUGGAGCUGGCGGCGCCCUCCCCAGAGCUCUACUCGCUGCACUGUCCUGACCGCACCUGGAGCUUGCUGGCUCCUUCUCAGGGGGCAAAGCCGCGGCCUCGGCUUUUCCAUGCUUCAGCUCUGCUGGGAGACACCAUGGUGGUCCUCGGGGGCCGCUCAGACCCCGAUGAGUUCAGCAGUGACGUUCUGCUCUACCAGGUCAACUGUAACACCUGGCUGCUGCCGGGCCUCACACGUCCAGCCCUUGUGGGGUCCCCAGUGGAGGAGUCCGUGGCCCAUGCAGCGGCCGCGGUGGGUGGCCGCCUGUACGUCUCCGGAGGAUUUGGAGGUGUGGUCUUGGGCCGCCUGCUGGCAUUGACCCUGCCCCCUGACCCCUGCCGUCUACUGCCUUCACCUGAAGCCUGUAACCAGUCUGGGGCCUGCAGCUGGUGCCAUGGUGCUUGCCUGUCUGGAGACCAGGCCCACAGGCUGGGCUGUGGGGUGCCCCCGUGCUCCCCGAUGCCUCGGUCGCCCGAGGAGUGCCGGAGGCUGCGGACCUGCAGCGAGUGCCUGGCUCGCCACCCUCGGACCCUGCAGCCUGGGGACGGGGAGGCAGCCCCUCCCCGCUGUAAGUGGUGCACCAACUGCCCAGAGGGGGCCUGCAUCGGGCGCAACGGGUCCUGCACGUCGGAGAACGACUGUCGGAUCAACCAGCGCGAGGUCUUCUGGGCCGGGAACUGCUCGGAGGCCGCGUGCGGGGCGGCCGACUGUGAGCAGUGCACGCGCGAGGGCAAGUGCAUGUGGACGCGGCAGUUCAAGAGGACGGGGGAGACGCGCCGGAUCCUGUCGGUGCAGCCCACGUACGACUGGACCUGCUUCAGCCAUUCCCUGCUGAACGUGUCGCCCAUGCCGGUUGAGUCGUCGCCGCCGCUGCCCUGCCCCACGCCCUGUCACCUCCUCCCCAACUGCUCGUCCUGCCUGGCGUCCAAGGGCGCGGAUGGGGGCUGGCAGCACUGUGCGUGGAGCAGCAGCCUUCAGCAGUGUCUGAGCCCUUCGUACCUGCCCUUGCGGUGCAUGGCUGGAGGCUGUGGGCGGCUGCUCAGGGGCCCCGAGAGCUGCUCCCUGGGCUGCGCUCAGGCCACACAGUGUGCCCUGUGCCUGCGACGCCCCCAGUGCGGCUGGUGCGCCUGGGGCGGCCAGGACGGGGGUGGCCGCUGCGUGGAAGGUGGCCUCAGUGGUCCCCGAGAUGGGCUGACCUGUGGACGCCCCGGGGCAUCCUGGGCCUUCCUGUCGUGCCCCCCUGAGGAUGAAUGUGCCAACGGGCACCACGACUGCAAUGAGACGCAGAACUGCCGUGACCAGCCCCACGGCUACGAGUGCAGCUGCAAGCCGGGCUACACCAUGGACAA